AUGCUCUGCAGGUGCUCCUCGAGCUCGGCAAUGGCGGAUCUCCAGACAAAUUUCGCAAGGUUUCUUUCUCCCUUCUUCCUUUCUCUUCUCCUUCUUCUUUGUCACUCUUCACUUCAUGAAUGAAGAUGUUCGACGGCAACGCCUGCUCCCCGGCUCUCUGUCUUCCUCGGUGCUUGCAGUUCGGUGAGUAAAUGAUUGCGUUCAGUGGCGUCCGAGGUGGGAGGGGAGCGAUUUGGAUGCCCUUCGUUUAAGCAAAAUCCGGAGAUAGCACUUGUUGCUUUCAUCACCGAGGCGUCUUUUCUUUCUUUUGACGGCUACGUGCUUCCCCUUGUCUCCCGUCUUCUAUUCUAAGAUCUCCCAUUUCGGUCCCCGGCUCGGUUUGUUUGCGUGCGGCGGUCUCAGAGGAAAAGAGGAAACUUUGAAGUGAUCGUCACUUGUUUGACUCAGAAGAUGGUGUUGCAGAGUUAGAGAUCGCUUCUCCUUUUGAACUGGUUCGUGAAUUUUAAUCCGAGUGUUGGAAGAGCAAAAUGCCAAAAAGUUGAGAUUUUUAUUGUGCUUUCGUGGGAUUUCGGAAUCUACGGCAAGAAAUGAGUCCCAGAUUAGUGUUCAUGGCUGCUUCUGCACUCUGGUUAGCGAUGUCCUGUCUCGGAGUGGGCGCUGGCAGACUGGCGGAGGACAAGCAGGCAUUGAUAGAUUUCCUCGCCGCCAUCCCCCUCACACGCGGCCUCAAUUGGAGUCCGUCCACUGCCGUCUGCGGCCGCUGGACCGGCGUCACCUGUAGCAUCGACGGCUCCCGCGUCGUCGCCGUCCGCCUCCCGGAGAUCGGAUUCGGCGGCCCGAUCCCGCCCAACACCCUCAGCCGCCUCUCGGCCCUCCAGAUCCUGAGCCUCAACUCUAACAACCUCACGGGUCCCUUUCCCGCAGAUUUCGCCAACCUCACCGCCCUCACCGGCCUCCAUCUCCAGCUCAACAGCUUCUCCGGCCCCCUGCCGUCGGAUUUCUCGCCGUGGAAGAGUCUCACGUCUCUCGAUCUCUCCUUCAAUGACUUCAACGGGGAAAUCCCAGCUUCCAUCUCCGGCUUAACUCAGCUCACCGCGCUGAACCUCUCUAGCAACUCGUUCUCCGGCCAAAUUCCAGAUCUUGAGCUCCCAAACCUCCGAUUUCUUGAUCUCUCCGAUAACAAUCUUAAUGGCCCGAUUCCCAAAUCCCUCCGUGGUUUUCCAAAUUCAUCAUUUUCUGGUAAUGCUUUGUCAUCAACUCCAUCUCCGCUGCCGCCUUCUCCUCCGCUGUUUCCAAGCUCUAUAACCACGAGGAAGAUGAGUGAAUCCACCAUCCUAGGAAUCAUAGUCGGCGGAUGUGCUUUGUUAUUCGCCAUGCUUGCGCUAUUUCUCUUCCUUUGCUGCUCCAGGAAAGACGAGAUUUUUGUCUCUGGUAAGGGGAGGAGAAGGGACCGGUCACCAGAGAAAGCUGUCGCUGGAAGUCAGGAUGCGAACAACCGGCUCGUCUUCUUCGAGGGCUGCACGUUUGCAUUUGAUUUAGAGGAUCUGCUGAGGGCUUCUGCAGAGGUUUUAGGGAAGGGAACGUUUGGGACUGCAUACAAAGCUGUGCUGGAGGACGCGACGACGGUGGUGGUGAAGCGGCUGAAGGAGGUCGGCGUGGGGAAGAGAGAGUUCGAGCAGCAGAUGGAGAUGGUGGGCAUGGUAAAGCAUGAGAACGUGGUGGAGCUGAGGGCGUAUUACUACUCCAAAGACGAAAAGCUCGUGGUGUAUGACCAUUACAGCCGGGGGAGUGUCUCUUCCUUGCUGCAUGGGAAGAGAGGGCAGGAGAGGACACCUCUGGACUGGGAAACCAGGCUCAAGAUAGCGCUCGGAGCUGCAAGAGGGGUCGCACACAUUCACGUGGAGAACAAUGGAAAGCUCGUCCAUGGCAACAUCAAAUCGUCCAAUGUCUUCCUCAACGACCAGCACUACGGCUGCGUCUCCGACCUGGGCUUGCCAUCCCUCAUCAACCCGAUGCUCCCACGCCUGUCCCGCACCGCAGGUUACCGUGCACCCGAGGUUGUCGACACAAGGAAAGCGUCACAACCUUCCGACGUCUACAGUUUUGGCGUUCUCAUCCUCGAGCUGCUCACCGGGAAGUCCCCCAUUCAGAUAACGGGCGGCGGCGGUGGUGGUGAUGAGGUGGUCCAUUUGGUCCGCUGGGUUCACUCUGUUCUCCGCGAGGAAUGGACUGCAGAGGUGUUCGACGUGGAGCUGCUGAGGUAUCCCAACAUCGAGGAGGAGAUGGUGGAGAUGCUUCAGAUCGCCAUGAAUUGCGUGGCGAGGAAACCGGAGCGGAGGCCGAAGAUACCAGAGGUGGUUGGAAUGAUCGAAGGGGUGAGAAGAUUCGAUAGCGGGAAUCGGUCUUCCACAGAAGCCAUAUCAGAGAGUUCGACACCAACACCAGCACAGGAUGCAGAAGCCCAAACAACUCCACAGCGAGGCUAAGCGUGUUGACGCUUUCGUGAAUGCUUCUUAUUAGUGUGAUUCUCCAUCGUAGGAUAUAACUUUCGUUCAGAUUCUUUGGCUUCUGCAGAAGAUGUAUCUGUAGGUCUAUCAUUGAGGGGCAGAACACCACUACCCUGUGAAUGUGUUGUUUCCUGAGCUAUUCCGUCUAAUUUGAUUUAAUGGCUUGUGCAUUACUUGAUA